CGCUAGAAUUUAACAUAAUUACACAUGUGAGAGCAAUAGUUCAUAAAUAAAGUAUUCGUCGGCAAACAUGGAUGAAAGUAUAAAAAUGUUCCAGGUUUUGGUGGGAAGCCAAUAUUCUGAUAUAUAUAUGGACGCACUCGAUUAUACCGACCUAAAUUUAGAGGCCGUUUUGGAAAAAGUAAUAAAUUCUUCUAUCCAGAAUACCGAAAGUAAUUCAUUGGCACUUCGUUUGUUAAAUAGCUGUCAGAAGGAAGUGAUGAGAAGAAAGUCGCACAUUUGGACGUCAUUACUUUUAAAAUUAUAUGCGUCCUGUAAGGAAAUCCGAGUUGCGAAUCAAAUUAUUAUAACUUUGGGUGAACUUGCUAAAUUGUCCAGCACAACGCAGGAGUCAAAAAAGUUGUUUGGUUCUAAUCACGUAAAAACCAUUUUUGAUGUAAUAACUAAAGAAUAUUUUGUGCCAAUAGACAAUUUAGGCGUCUUACGUUGUAUGAUUAUUCUUUUACAACUUUAUCCAGAGUACAGUGGUCAAUCGAGCGGUACCGUGAAACUAUUUCUAUCGAAAUUUAUAGAUUCUCCGAAUUACGAUGUAGCAGAGUAUUCUGCAAAAUGUUAUCAUCUUAUGUUGUUUAUAUCAAAACAUCGAUCAAAUGAUAUGCAAUUGAAGGAGCUUUGGCAAAUGUAUCAACAAAAACUAAUCGAAAACCUCCAAACUUUGGCGCAAUCUUUUUUGGGGCAUAUUUCUUCGCCUGUUAUUGAAGCUGUGAACUGUGAACCGCUGCAUACCUCAGUUUUACAACUUAGUGAUGACCCAAUAAAAAGACUGCCACAAAUUUUCAUUCGCUUUAGAAAUUUCGCCAUACAUCUUAUUGUAACUUUAAGGGAACCAUUCUCUACGGAAAAACUUAUCAACCCAAAGAAACUUUUAAAUCUUAUAAAAAGUGCAUUUGGCGCCCCACACUUAAUGCAGCGACGGAAUAAAACAACUAACGAUACAAUUCUAGGCCUGUUGCUUCCUCAAUUUUAUUAUAUUGUGUUACAAAUUUUGGAGACUUUACUCUUAACUUUAGGAAAAAAUUUGAGGAGGAGUUAUAAAGAAAUAUGGGCCAUUUUGGGAGAUAUGAAAAAUCUUAGUACAGUUAAAGCAGUAAGAGAAAAAAAUAAAUCAUACAUGCGCCUACUCGUUAAGGUGUACGAUGUCAUCAGCUUAUGGUGUAGAGUUGUGAAUCAAGGAAGUCGCAGUGAUUUAAUAAGCAAUUUCAUGAUGAAAGAUAUGCUAGAUAUUUUUGAACUUCAUACUACAAAGAGUCUGAAUGGAAAAGAUGAUUCUAGAGGAAAUGUGACGGAUCCAAUUAUUCAUGAGCUUAUUCGAUCAUCUCAAAGAUGUGCUUAUGAAAUUUUAAAUUCAGCACCAAAAAAUCUAAAAGUCAACAUUGCUAUGAACAUUGAAGAGAAGCUUAUAAAUAUUUAUCGUCUGAUGUGUGAUGCAUCGUUAGGGAGCCAACACUAUUAUGAACAUCGAUGUGAUUUGAUAAAACUGCUGUUCGCCUUGUUGACAGCCAAAAUUUAUUUAAGACCCUCAUCUGCUGAAGUUUUAAUUAAUAUUAUACGUGAAUCCUAUUUAACCUUGGAAAGGACUGAUGCACGUCAUAAAUGUGAAAUUAUCCUUUUAUAUUUGGAGAAUUGUAUUCAUCCUCAAAAGGAUGAUUUUAAGCAUUCGAUUGAUUUACGCAGCAUCCAAGUCCGUGAGCCUUUCGAAAACGGCGUGUACUCACAAUUUUCAAGCAUCAGUGCUGAGAACAAUUAUACAUUGACGGAAAAAAUUUCUGUGAAAGAGUCAUCACAACCAGUCCCAAUGGUGCAAAAUGAAGAAAGAAGACUCCAUGUGCCAGUGAGCGAAAUUGAGGAUUCGUUUGAUACAGCCAGUAAGACUGAUUUUAAUUCAGUAUCCGACAGUGCCGAAUCCUAUUCCGAUACAACAAAACAUGUUCAGAAUGAAGAAAAACUACACCGAUUGCCAGUAAAAGAAAGUGUGGAGCCCUCCAGUAAGGAGGAGUCGUUUGAUAAAACCAGUAAAGAGGAUUCAUUACGUCACAAAAUAUGUUCCAGUGAUUUUAAUUCAAAAUCGGAGAGUACUGAAGCUUAUUCUGAAAAUAUUGGUGAACCUAUUUCAGCUGACCAACUGGUUGAACCAAGUAGUUCAACAGACCAGCUAGUUGCAAGCAUCAUAACAACUUUCGUGGAGGAUUUAAAUUGAAUUUAUGAAAUUUUAUACUAAAAUGUUUACUUCGGUUUUAGUGCAUUGACGUGAGACUAAUAAACUGUUGCUGUCAGAAGUGGCGUAGUCGA